CAGGACUCCUAUCUCGUUUCUAUCCUCUUUCUUCUCUUCUUCACUGUUCCGUUAAACCCUACGCUACGAGAGCUUCUCUUCUCCUCUCUACAACUCCUCAAGAUCUGAGGGAAACCAUGAAUCCCACAGCCAUCAACGCUCCAAUCUCACCUUCCCCUCGCUCUCCUCUACUAUGUCACUUCCUCACUCCGUUACCUCUCCGUCUAUCGAAAACUCACUCUCCCUCUCGCCGUCGUUACCGAGUUCCGUUCCCUCGUUGCUGCGCAGCCACUACUUCCUCCGAACAACGAAAGCUUGUGUCUAACAAGAAGGAGCUCACUGGACUGCAACCAAUCGUAGAGAAAAUGACUCCCCCGGUGAGGCUAGCGACCUCCGCUCUUGUUCUAGCGGCCUCUUUAGCUGCUGGUUAUGGGCUUGGGCUUCGUUUAGCGGGCUCAAGGAGUAUUGCCCUUGGUGGAGCUGCUGUAGCUGGAGCCGCCGGUGGAGCUGUCGUCUAUGCGAUGAACUCCGCCGUGCCGGAGGUGGCUGCCAUCGGUUUGCAUAACUAUGUAGCUGAGUUUGAAGAUCCUGCCUCUGUGACGAAAGAGGAUAUAGAAAAGAUCGCUUCUAGGUAUGGUGUCAACAAAGGAGAUGAGGCAUUCCAGGCUGAGAUAUGUGAUAUAUAUUGCCGGUACGUUACUUCCGUGCUUCCAAGUGAAGGACAGUCUCUUAAAGGAGACGAAGUGGAGAAGAUAGUUAAAUUCAAAAGUGCUUUGGGAAUAGACGACCCUGAUGCAGCCUCUAUGCAUAUGGAGAUUGGACGGAGGAUUUUUAGGCAAAGGCUUGAGACUGGGGAGCGUGAAGGUGAUGCAGAACAGCGUCGGGCAUUUACGAGGCUUGUAUAUGUUUCAGCUCUUGUGUUUGGAGAUGCUGCCUCCUUCCUUUUACCUUGGAAGCGAGUGCUGAAGGUCACAGAUGCUCAGGUUGAGAUUGCUAUUCGUGAAAAUGCAAAGCAGCUGUAUGCCGAGAGGUUGAAAUUAGUUGGUAGAGAUAUUAACGUGGAAAACCUUGUGGACCUUAGAAAAGCACAACUAUCAUUCAAGCUUUCUGAUGAGCUUGCUGAAGAGCUGUUUAGAGAACAUACAAGAACAGUAGCCAUAGAGAAUAUUACAUCUGCACUUGGCGUACUAAAAUCACGCACGCGAGCAGUGAAGAGUAUGGCACUUGUUGUGGAAGAGCUUGAAAAGGUCCUGGAGUUCAACAACUUGCUAGUUUCUUUGAAAAGUCAUUCAGAGGCAGAUCAAUUUGCACUGGGUGUUGGCCCUAUUUCUUUAAUAGGUGGUGAGUCUGAUUUUGAGAGGAGGAUGGAUGAUUUAAAGCUACUUUAUCGAGCAUAUGUUACAGAUGCUUUAUCGAGUGGGCGCAUUGAAGAAAACAAGCUUGUGGCAAUGAGUCAACUGAGAAACAUUCUCGGACUGGGAACACGGGAGGCUGAAGCUAUUAGUGUUGAUGUCACGUCCAAGGCGUACCGUAAAAGACUUGUUAACGCUUUUUCUAGUGGUGACCUUGAAGCACAAGACAGUAAAGCAAAAUACCUUCAAAAGCUAUGCGAAGAGCUGCACUUUGAUGCACAGAAGGCAAGCGCAAUCCAUGAAGAAAUCUAUCGGCAGAAGCUUCAACAGUGUGUUACUGAUGGAGAGCUCAGCGAUGACAAUGUCGCUGCUUUGUUAAGGUUAAGAGUCAUGCUCUGUAUUCCUCAGCAAACUAUUGAGGCAGCUCAUGCAGAAAUCUGUGGAAGCAUAUUUGAAAAGGUUGUCAGAGAAGCAAUUUCUUCUGGAGUGGAUGGUUAUGAUGCUGAAACUCGCAAAUCAGUAAGAAAGGCUGCGCAUGGUCUUCGGUUAUCCAGAGAGACUGCCAUAUCUAUUGCUAGCAAGGCUGUUCGUAGAGUUUUCACAAACUAUAUCAGACGGGCAAGAUCGGCAGAGAACCGCACUGAGUCAGCAAAGGAGCUCAAGAAGAUGAUUGCUUUCAACACGUUAGUUGUGACUGAAAUGUUGGCUGACAUUAAGGGAGAAUCUUCUGACAAAGAACCUGAGGAGCCUGUUCAAGAGAAAGAAGAAGAAGAAGAUGGUGAAGAUGAGGAAUGGGGAUCCCUUGAAUCGCUCAGAAAGACGAGACCUGACAAAGAACUCGCUGAGAAGAUGGGAAAGCCUGGCCAGACUGAGAUAACUCUUAAAGAUGACCUUCCUGACAGGGACAGGAUCGAUCUCUACAAAACCUACUUGCUCUACUGUCUAACCGGAGAGGUAACGAGAAUCCCGUUCGGCGCCCAGAUCACAACGAAGAGAGACGACUCAGAGUACUUGCUUCUGAAUCAGCUCGGUGGGAUCCUUGGGUUGACUUCGAAAGAAAUAGUCAACAUUCACGUAGGUUUAGCCGAGCAGGCGUUCAGGCAACAAGCUGAAGUGAUUCUAGCCGAUGGGCAGUUGACAAAGGCAAGAGUGGAGCAGCUAGACGAGCUGCAGAAACAAGUUGGGUUGCCUCAGCCACAAGCGGAGAAGGUUAUAAAGAACAUAACCACCACGAAGAUGGCAAACGCGAUAGAGACUGCUGUCAACCAAGGAAGACUGAACAUAAAGCAGAUAAGGGAGCUCAAGGAGGCAAACGUGAGCCUGGACAGCAUGAUCGCUGUGAGCCUGAGAGAGAAACUGUUCAAGAAGACGGUGAAUGAAAUAUUCUCAUCGGGGACAGGUGAGUUCGAUGAAACUGAAGUCUACGAGACAAUCCCAUCUGAUCUCAGUAUUGAUGUGGAAAAGGCAAAAGGCGUUGUCCAUGACCUUGCUCGGAGUAGACUAUCGAACUCCCUGAUCCAAGCCGUGGCAUUACUCAGGCAGAGAAACGCUAAAGGAGUGGUCUCCUCGCUGAAUGAUUUGCUUGCAUGCGACAAAGCUGUGCCGGCUGAACCGUUGUCAUGGGAUGUCCCUGAGGAAUUAUCCGAUCUGUAUAGUAUCUAUUCAAAGAGUGAUCCCAAGCCGGCGCCAGAAAAGGUAUCGAGGCUACAAUAUCUACUGGGGAUAGAUGACUCAACCGCGACUGCCCUCAGUGAGAUGGAAGAUGGGGCAUUCUCUUCUGCUGCAGAAGAAGGCAACUUCGUUUUCUAAGUCAUUUGGAUGAUAUUGGCUUUUUGUUUAUGGAUGUUAUGGUCGAGAGAGAGCUAAAAAAUGAUAUUGUCGAUGUUAAAAUUUAGCAAAGCCUGUGAAAAUUUUGUUAUUAUCAGAACUAAACUUGAUCUGA